AUGAUAAUGAGCGGAAGCAUCAGGAGGGUGGAAAAUGGACCAGUCAGGUAUGCACAUAUUUUUACAAAGAAAAUGGCGAAUUCGACACUAAACGUUACUCGCUGCAACAAUCUGUGGAAGACCCGCAUGGGACUACGAACAGCGAGGAAAUACAAAAUAUUGGUAGUUAUCGAUGCCCUAUUUCCAAAAACGGAGAGGAAAACCUGUCCACCUAUCAUCAGUUUGUAGUGAUUAAAACAACUAAUUGGUAUUGUUCGAUCUGAAAGGAUUCAGAAAAAAUUCUCCUGCAAAGGUCGAAAGCAAAGGAUCGUGUAGAGAAGUGUAAAGAGGGUCAAGCUAGGUAUACACCAGUAAAGAUGAUUGUUGAAAUCGAGGGAGAAGGAUCUAUGAGAGAUUUGAUUAAGUUUAUUUGUGAAAAUGAACUUAAAAAUUUUGUUUAG